AUGUCAAAUUUGUUACAGCAAACGUCAAACGUUUCGCUCUCCCCGUAUCUUUCAGCAAGACUGGAGGAGAACAAGACCAAGCAGAUCGUUGAGGCAAUUGACGUAGAUAAUGGUACUGUUAGCGACUACGAUCCUGAAAAAUAUGGAACUGAAGUCGUCCGUGGCCUAAACCCGAGACACAUACAGCUGAUUGCUUUGGGUGGUGCCAUUGGUACUGGGCUCUUUGUGGGAUCUGGAGGAGCUUUGAGUACUUGUGGUCCAGCUCCACUAUUAAUCUCAUAUAUUGUGAUGUCAUUCCUUGUUUGGACAAUUAUGAACCAAUUGACUGAAAUGGUUACUCUAAUACCGCUUUCGGGAGAAGCAUCAAUGUACUCAAUGACUAGCACCUACUUGAACAGGCCUGUUUCGUUCAUGUGUGGUUGGAACUUGUUUUAUGCAAUGGCCAUGAUUCCUCCUGCCGAAAUCACUGCUUGUGCGCUUUUGAUCAAAUAUUGGACGGAUGCCAAUUCUGCCAUUUUCAUUUCAAUAAUCAUCGUUAUCAGUAUUAUCAUCACAAUGUUACCGGUGAGAGUGUUUGGUGAAAGUGAGUUUUGGGUUGCCUCCAUCAAGAUCCUGACAAUCACAGGUUUGAUUAUAGUCAGUAUCGUGAUUUUUUUUGGCGGCGGACCUUCCCAGCACCACGUUUUAGGGUUUCACUAUUGGAAGCACCCAGGUGCUUUCCAAGAACAUAUGGCUGGUGGUAAUACCGGUAAGUUCUUAGCUACCUGGACUGCGAUUGUGAAGAGUGGUUUUUCUUUCAUUUUGAUCCCGGAAUUGGUGACUUCAUGCUCUGCAGAAUCUACAAAUCCAAGAGUCAACAUGCCAAAGGCUUGUAGGCGGUAUGCCUACCGGUUGGCUUUCUUUUAUGUCCUAGGCAGUCUUGCUAUUGGGGUUGUUGUGAGCUCUGAUGACAAAAAUCUUCUGAAUGCGAUAGCCUCUGGAAGCUCCAAUGCUGCUGCUUCUCCUUUUGUUAUUGGAAUCAGGGAGGCGGGUAUUAGAGUUUUGCCCCAUAUUAUUAAUGCUUGCAUCUUGACCAGUGCAUAUUCGGCUGGAACAGCAGAACUUUACGGUGCUUCAAGGGUUUUACAUUCAAUGGCCCUCAAGGGUGAUGCUCCAAAAAUUUUCUCCAGAGUCAACAAAUAUGGUGUUCCCUACUACAGCACGGCUGUUGCUAGUCUAUUCUGUUUCUUGGCUUAUCUGAACUGCUCAGAUUCCUCGUCGAUUGUUUUCACGUGGCUGUCUAAUAUCUCAACUAUUUCGGGUUUCAUCAGCUGGGUUUUUGUUUCAGUGACUUACAUUCGCUUCAAAAACAUCAUCAGUUACCUUGGGAUACAAAGCAGGAUUCCAUUCUCUGUGAGAGGGUCGUACAUUUGUGCAUUCUUUGUUGCGGGAUUUUUCUCUCUUUUAAGCCUGACAAAUGGCUAUUAUGUUUUUAUAAAAGGGAAUUGGAACACAAGUGACUUUUUUGCCUGCUAUGUUACAAUUGGAUUUAUUCUUGCCCUUUUUGUUGGAAGCACAAUCUAUUACAGAGAAUGGAGAUUCAGGGACAUGGAUGUGGUUGGUAAAGAAAUUAUGCCAAAGAUUGAUCAAGCCGAUCAAGAAGAAAAAGAGUAUAUCAUUUACGAACCGAAAAACUGGGUCGAAAAGGUUUGUGCCUUUAUUUGUUAA